AUGUCCUAUUAUUUCUAUAUUAAUUUUUCUACGUAUCCAGGUGACGGCGAAAAGACCACGAUUGUGCGUGGUCUUUUGAAGGGAAAUCGUGGUCUUUUCACCCAGCGCUCGCGUUGGAGCAUUGAAUACAACAGCCAAGUUAGGUCUAGCGCCCUUACAGGAUUUAUGGAAGAGCUUGCGGGCUGCCAGAGCCAGCUGCUGUCGCGUAGCAUCUUGACCUUCGAAGAUGGCUACUUCAACAGCGUUCAAGCUUUGAAUUAG